AUGGCGCUAGAAGGAGGGCCGGUCCGAAUGUCAAGCGAUCAACAGGCUCACUCCGACGAACCCCCAGCCAUCCGGUCGCACACGACCGACGCGACGGAAGAACAUCCCCAACAGGAGGGGGUUCGGGACGAGCGCCCCGCUGCGAUCUCGGAGCGCUAUUGGCAAUUGUUCAACGAUCCGGGUCUGUCGCCGCCCAUCGCCAAUCCCGGUGGCCCGUCAUCCGUGCCACCCGAAGCCUUCUACAACCUCACGCACCAGGUCCGGGCUCUCACGGGAGUGAUGCAGACCAUCAUCCCGCUGGUCUCUCCUCCGACGUCUUCACACUCGACCCUACCUCCGCCACGGCAACGAUCCGCCGCCCAAAACCCCGCACCUCUCCCCGGGUCUCCCGCUUCGCCUCCGGGCCAAUCAACCCAACCCGGGAGCCGAGGAGCGGAGGAACCAGCGGCGCAUCCGACGCCCGUGGCCCCACUUGCGGACUCGGCGGAGGGCCUGUGGGCCCAGCUACGCCUCGUAGGCCGCCGGCUGGACGAGGUGCAGCGGGAGGUUCGCCGGACCAAGGGAGACUCGGGAGCCGAGCAACACCAGGGGUCCCCCUUCACCCCCGAGAUUCAAGAACAAGCAAUCCCGCCGCAUUUUCGACUCCCGGCGUUCCCGACAACCCUGCGAGGCCCAGCCCGAACGUGGUACAGCAGUCUGAAGGCAGCAACCAUCGCCUCUUUCGACCAGUUGGCCAGAGACUUCGAGCUUAACUUCCUGGCUCAUGCCAAGCCGAAGCCGUCGGUGGCAAUGCUCCUCGGGCUCAACCAGAGGGAGGAUGAGCCCCUUUCUCACUUUGUGAACCGCUUCACCACACAAAUCCGCGAACUGUCCGAUGCUCACCCUUCUUUGCUGAUGCAGGCAUUCAUGAUGGGCCUGCGCCCCACCCGAUUCUUCUGGUCUCUAGUGGAGCGACCCCCCACCUCGGUUCCCGAAAUGUUGCAACGUGCGAACCAGUACAUCGCUGCCGAGGCAUGGAUGGUCGGGAAGCGCAACGAGCGCAAGAGGGUCAAGCCAGAGCAGUCCCAACAACAACAGCCCGCUACCUCCCGACGCAGGGCCGGCAGUCUCAACGACGCGGUACCUAGGUCCCCUUCCCCGAGCCUGAACUCCUCUCGGACCGAGAUAUUUCUCCAUAUCAAGGAGAAAGGCCUUCUCAAAGACCCCUACCCGAUGAGGAGCCCGCGCGAACUCGCGGACCGCUCUAAAUACUGCCGUUUCCACCGGCAGCCCGGUCACGACACCGAGGAGUGUCGAGAAUUAAAAAGGCAAAUUGAGGAGCUCAUCCGUCGAGGACACCUCGGCUCAUACCUCCGGCCAGAUAAGGAGCUCUCGCCACGCCCGGAGGGCCCCAUCGAGCGACACAUAGAUGUCAUAACCGGCGGGCCGGCAUCCGGAGGGAGUUCCAUGGCGGGUGGAAAGGCAUACGCUAGGGCCUCCCAGGCUGAAGCUUUCAAGCAUGAAAAGGGUCCCGAAGUCACCUUCCCAACCGGGGAACCUGAACCAACCGAAAAUGAUGACGCGUUGGUAAUAUCAGCCAGAAUUGCCAACGCGCAAGUGAGCAGGAUCAUGGUCGACACUGGGAGCUCGGCCGAUAUACUAUAUUGGGACGCCUUCCAAAAGCUCGGCCUGGUAAAGGAGAACAUGAAGCCGGUAAACUCAACACUCACGGGGUUCACCGGCGCCUCGAUCUCGUCAAUAGGGAUCAUCACCCUGCCCCUGACCCUGGGAGCCUUCCCGAAGGCAAAAACGGUGAUGACCUCCUUUUUGGUGGUCGACCUCCCCACGGCAUACAACGCCAUCCUAGGACGGCCAACCCUCAACAAGACCCGAGCCGUCAUCUCGACGUAUUAUCAAACCAUCAAGUUCCCAACCCACGAUGGGGUCGGGGAAGUGGCGGGAAACUCCUGGGAGUCCAGGCGCUGCUAUUUGACUGCUGUGUCAUUAAACAAGAGAGCGAGGAUCCAAUCCCCACUGGAGGACCCCCGGGAGGGAAAAAAAACAACCCCCCGCCCCGAGCCGAAGGAAUCUACCAUCGACUUGCCACUAGUAGAAGGAAGUCCCGACCGAACAGUCAAAAUCGGGUCGGGACUGCCCGAGCAAGAACAACGACAACUCGUCGGCCUUCUACAGGCCAACGCCGACAUCUUCGCUUGGACACCCGCCGACCUAGCGGGAGUCCAUCCAGAAGUCGCGCUGCACCACUUGAACAUCUCGUCCGACGCCCGCCCGGUGAAACAAAAGCCCAGGCGGCAGGCCCCGGAUCGACAGCUGGCCAUCCGAGAAGAAGUAAACCGGCUUCUGGCGGCCGGUUUCAUUGAAGAAGCAAGAUACCCACAGUGGCUCUCCAAUAUCGACCAGCUAGUCGACGCCACGGCCGGCCACGCCCGACUCUCGUUCAUGGACGCCUUCUCCGGGUACAACCAGAUCAGGAUGGCACCCGAAGACCAAGAACACACAGCCUUCCUCACCGAGCAGGGGAUAUAUUUUUACAAAGUUAUGCCGUUCGGAUUAAAAAAUGCCGGGGCAACCUACCAGAGGACGGUGAACAAGAUGUUCGCACACCAGAUCGGACGGAACAUGGAGGUAUAUGUCGACGACAUGAUCGUAAAGAGCCGAACGGCGGAAGCUCAUCCUUCCGACCUGGCGGAAGCCUUCGACACUCUGCGGAGGUUCGGCCUGCGCCUCAACCCCGCCAAGUGCGCCUUCGGCGUGACCUCGGGAAAAUUCCUCGGAUUCAUCAUACACGAGAGAGGGAUUGACGCCGACCCAGAAAAGAUACAGGCUAUCAUCGACAUGCAGCCCCCUCGGACGAUCAGAGACCUGCAGCGCCUUAACGGGAGGCUAGUCGCUUUGUCGCGUUUCCUCUCCCGAUCGGGAGAUCGCUGCCACUCUUUUUUCCAGGCCCUGAAGGACCCGAAGAACUUCCGAUGGACGGCGGAAUGCGAGAAGGCCUUCGAGCAGAUGAAGCUACACCUGGCCAGCCUCCCGCGACUCGCUUCGGUCUCCCCAGGGGAGAAGUUGAGUCUCUACCUUGCCAUCUCCCGGCACGCGGUCAGUUCAGUUUUAGUCAAGGAAAUGUCCGGCGACCAACUGCCGGUCUACUACGUCAGCCACAUGCUGAGCGGGCCAGAAGAACGCUACCCGCCGAUCGAAAAGCUGGCGCUGGCGCUCGUCCUGUCGGCGCGGAAGCUCCGCCCUUACUUCCAGGCCCACCCGAUAGAGGUACUAACUGAUCAACCGCUUCGGCUUGUUCUGUCCAAAUUCGACGUUGCAGGGCGUCUCCUCAAAUGGGCAGUGGAGCUCGGCGAGCACGACAUACAGUACAUACCUCGGACCGCCAUCAAAGCCCAGUCUGUGGCAGACUUCAUCGCGGAGCUAACCCCGAACACAGGCGAAGAACUCGAGCCACCGCGUGACACAUGGACCCUCCACGUAGAUGGCUCCGCCAACGCAAAAGGCGCCGGCGCGGGGCUGGUACUGGUAACACCUGACGGCCGCUCGAUUGAGCGCUCCUUCCACUUCAGGUUCAGGGCCACUAACAACGAGGCAGAAUACGAGGCUCUCCUGGCGGGGCUCCAGUUGGCACUGGAGAUGCGGGUGGCCGACAUACGCGUCAUCACCGACUCACAGCUGGUGGCUAGGCAGCUCGGCGGCGAAUACGAGGCUCGGGACCCGACUAUGGCGAAAUACCUAGCACAGGUGAAAAGCCUUGCCGCCAAGUUCGCCCAUUUUGAAUUGUCGAAUGUUCCCAGGGGCGAGAACCAGCGAGCCGACACCCUGGCCAAACUGGCGUCCGGCCCGGCCCCCUGGGCUCGGUCCGAGACUGAAGAACUCCCCCGCCGAGCCAUAGAGGUCGUCGCCGCCGUCGCCCACGACGCGCCGGCAACUUGGAUACAGGAGAUGUUACGCUUCAAGCAGGACGGAACCCUGCCCGACAAUGCGACCGCGGCUCGGCGCUUGCGUCGGACGCAGGCGUGGUACGCCGAGGAAGGAGGACGGCUGUACAAGCGGUCUUUCUCGCGCCCCCUCUUGCGUUGCCUGGAGCCGGGCGAAGCCCGGACGGUUCUGUCCGACAUGCAUGAAGGGGCCUGCGGGGAGCACAUAGGCGAACGAACCCUAGCGCACAAGGUACUCCGACAGGGAUACUACUGGCCGACCUUGCGCCAGGACGCGAAAGCUUUCGUGCGGCGAUGCGGCUCGUGCCAGGAGCACGCCCGCACCGCCCGGCGGCCGGCGGUCCUGUUCACCCCCGUCGACUGUGCCUGGCCAUUCGCGCAGUGGGGGCUGGACAUACUCGGGCCUCUCUCGCCCGCCUCCGGCCAGCGAAAGUACAUCAUCGUGGGAGUGGACUACUUCACCAGAUGGGUCGAAGCCGAGCCCCUGGCCACCAUCACGGAGUCGCAAGUAGAAAGAUUCGUGUGGAGGAACCUCAUAACUCGUUUCGGCCUGCCCCAGUCCAUCGUCACCGACAACGGACCUCAGUUCGCCGGCAGGAAAUUCCAAGAGUUUUGCGCCAGGCACAAAAUUCAGCUGAGGUUCAGCUCGGUGGCUUACCCCCAGGCGAAUGGGCUGGCUGAAGUAACCAACCGGUCCAUCGUCGACGGACUCAAGAGAAGGGUGUCCGCUACCCGAUCGGCUUGGGUAGACGAACUCCCGAGCGUCCUGUGGGCGCUUCGCACUACCCCCAAGACCCCGACCGGGGAGUCUCCCUAUAGCCUCACGUUCGGGACCGAGGCCGUGUUACCAUCCGAGGCGACCGUCCCGACUCCGCGGACGGCAGGCUACAGCGAAGAAGCCUCGGGCGAAGGGCUCCGAUCAAACCUGGACCUGCUCGAGGAAAGACGGGCCAACGCACAUCAGAAGGCUCUUUCUUACAAAAGGGCCGUAGCAAGGGUCUACAACCGAAACGUACGCCCCCGAUCGAUAAAGCUAGAGGACCUGGUCCUACGCAAAGUCGAGGUCAGCCACCCAACUCAAGCAAGGGGGAAACUAGCCCCAAAGUGGGAGGGACCCUAUCGGGUCAUCGGAGUAUCCCGACCGGGAACGUUCCGACUCGCAACGAUGGAGGGCAACCCCGUGCCCAGGACUUGGAACGUACAGAACCUUAGGAAAUACUUCGUCUAG